UCCAUUUAAACCAAGAAACCAACUGUCCCCCAGCCCCAGUUCUGUCUUUACCAUGACUCAGUGUUAUUCAUGUUUUACAAUUUUUCACAAUUGCUAAAACACAUUUCUUGAAACCUUCCAUGCUUUUCUCAAAACUGUAACACAAAACUCAAUUGUCAAACUACAUUCACCAAACCCCUGACUCUUCUUGCAAAAUCAAACCAUCACCUCAAAUUAGCUUUAUCUGUGCUCAAAAUCAAACACUAUUUUCAGAUCCUACAUAAGCCAAUCAAAAUAAAAACGCCACUUAGCAUUGAAACCUUCCAAUUCAAAAAAAAAAUGUAAUCAUUCAUUCAUAUAUAUCGCUCCCAGCACCACCAGACAGCUUGUCCCCUGUAUGAGUCCAGAGAUCAGACAGCCAACAUGCAGCCUCAAGCCCCUCCAGCACGAGCUGUUGGAAGUUUGUGUGAAUCAAAGUCCAGGAAACCCUGUCACUGUACCAGAUCCCAGUGCCUCAAACUCUACUGUGAGUGUUUUGCCAAUGGAGUAAUGUGCAACAACUGUGACUGCUCUAACUGCCACAACAAUGUAGAGCAUGAGAUGAAGCGGCACAAGGCCAUUAAGUCGUGUUUAGGUCGUAACCCAGAUGCCUUCAGGCCUAAGAUCGCUGGUGGGAAGUCAGGAGAGGUCAAAGGUUGGCACAAUAAAGGCUGCAACUGCAAACGCUCCAACUGCCUUAAGAACUACUGCGAGUGCUAUGAGGCGAACAUCAUGUGUACCUCCAGCUGUAAAUGUGUUGGCUGCAGGAACUAUGAUGGUGGCUCUGAAAUGGGCCUCAAAGAGAAAACUAUCAAGGACAAAUGGCCUGUGUCAGUGAUAACCCCCGCUGUGGUGCAGGCUGUGUGCGGCUGUCUACUGGCCCAGGCUGAGGAGGCGGAGAGGGAGGACCAGAGCCCCGCUCAGGCUGAGCACAUGGUCCUAGAUGAGUUCGGUCACUGUCUCACUCAGAUUGUCAAGGCCAUGUUCAAGUACAAUACGUAUUGAGACUUCAGAAUAAUUCUGUGGAGUCUGAAGCCUGUCACAUGACAAAAGCAAUACACAAAACAACGAUCAAAGCUCACACACAAUUUCUUUAAUUUUACAGCUUCAUCAUAUCAGUUUAUAUACAAGCUUUAAGUUUGAAGUUCUAUGUUCUGUUUGUGGAAAGAUUCACUGGUUAAAAUAAAACUGAGGAUCUGUUAUGUGCUCCUCAGUGACAUGAACUUCCAGUAGUAUUGUUCUAUCGUUAAUACAGCAAAGACUGUAUGAUUAAUUUAGAGCAGUGUGGCUGUGCUGGUUCUUAUUCCAACAUUCACAGUCAAUGUGGAAGGACUAGUUUAUACAAUAGGUAUCAGUCACUGCCUUUUGUACUUUAGAAAUAACAAAACAUGA